CCGAGAUGGUGUUUUUCGUUUGUGAGGGAUGCAACGAGACGCUCAAGAAGAACAAGGUGGAUGCGCACGCGAGUCGUUGUAGGAACUGCUGGGCCGUCACGUGCGUCGACUGCCAGGUAGUGUUCAAAGGAAACGACUACGCCGCGCAUACAACGUGCAUCUCGGAGGCGCAGAAGUACGAAGGUGCGUUAUACCAAGCACCAAAAGCGUCCAAGCAAGCCAAGAAGAACCCACAGGAGCGAUGGAUGGACUUGAUUCAAUCCUCGACCGCACCUGAUGCAAAGGUCAACCAGGCAUUACAGCGCAUUGCUGGCUACGACAACGUCCCACGAAAGAAACCCAAGUUUUUCAACUUUCUCAAGAACAGCAUUGGCAUCACUGGCGUCGAGGAUAAGUUGUGGACGUUCUUGGAAACUGAAUUCAACAAACUCAAAGACACAGAAGCUGCCGCGAAGCGGCCAGCCAACGAUACGACUGCGGACGAGCCCCAGGCGAAAAAGGCCAAGACCACCGGCCGCGACGACAACGACGAUAGCAACAGUUUGAGCGCCCUCGCGUCUCACGUGAAGGACUAUUUGCGCCAGAACGCGACCGCAACGCCGGUUUCGGUCCCCGUUGAACUGACCGCCGCCGAAAAGAAGUGGGUCAAAGUGCUCAAGAGCCUGGUCAAGGCAGCCGACGGUCAACGGAUGGGCAAGAAGGCGCUGCAGAAAGCCGCGAUCGCCAAGAUCUCAACCAAGUACCCAGACCUUGUCACGGACGAUAUGAAGGGAGACUUCAAGAGCGCUUCAAAGAAAGCCCCAUGCUUCACCCGCGACGGCGACUACUUUGUCUUGAACGAAUGAGCAAUUUUCGAGGCACGUUUUGGGAGAAAUGGGGGGGGGGUACAAAUUGAAGGAAAUCAUCCGGUUAACACACAUUUUUAUUCAACGCGAACAAUUUACUCAA